AUGGGGCACUGGCGGGCUCAGGGGGUCCUGGAGCCGUGGCGAGGGGAGGAGAGCACAGCUGGCAUGGGGAGACCGAGGCGGCAGAAACCGCCCAAUACGACCCUGAAGCGAGCCGGGGGUCUGCUGCCCACCUGCUGUGCCCACUUCCUCUGGAGCCAGCCCCACCAGUUCCGCCUCAGCAAGUUCUUCCUGGGUGCGGGCGUCGGGGGCUUCCUGGCCCUCGGCCUCUCCCAGCUCCUCAUCUUCCCCAUGAGCAUCGACGAGGGUCACAAGAUCGAGCUGAUGUACGGGCUGGCAGGUGUCAGUGCCCUGGGCUGGAGCGUCUCCCCGUACUUCCGCUGCGCCAGCCUCCUGGUUGCCCCCAAGUUCCUGGGCAAGGAGGGGCGGCUCUACCUGCUCACCUACGUCCUGGCUGCGGUCUAUGACGGCCCCAUCGCCAACAUGCGGCACAACCUGGACGAGGUGAUCCACUCCGUGGGCUGCACCGUGGAGCUGCAGAUCAACCACAGCCGGCAGAUCUGGAGGGUGUCCACGGCCCCCCUGCGCGCCAUGCUGCGAGACUUGGUGAGUGGUGGGCGGACCCUCAAUGCGGAGACCCGGAACAUCUUGCAGGCUUUCGCGGGGCUGAACAAGCAGGUGGCCAGUGAGGCGGGGUACGGCGUGAGGCGCCCGCGCCGGGCACAGGGGCGCCAUGCCCCCAGCACACAGCAGAUGUACGAGCAGAAAACCAAACUGCGCUGCAAAUACAUAGUUGAUGAGGCCAUCGGGCGCUGCCAGGCCUGGUUCAAUACCAAGCACAAGGCCUGUCUGCGGAGCAUCGCUGUGCCCCUCAUCAGCCACCUGCUCUGCCUGCCCAUGAAGUUCAAGUUCCUCUGCCACAUGGUACAGGUGAUGUAUACCUGGUGCAAGGACAAGAUCCCCGUGGAAGGGAACUUCGGCCAGACCUAUGACAAGGUGAACCACUCCGUGGCUGGUAUCAGCCAGGACUUCAGUGCCCAGCUGGUUGUCAAGCACGAGCCCCAGGACACACUGGUGGGCGCGAACGUGUCCCGGGAGCGGCUCACCGAGGAGGUGACCUCGACCGUGCGUCAGCAGAGCGCCCGGCUGGGCCAGACCAUCUCCGUGCUGCGCUUGCUGCUCUCCUGCACCUUCCUCUUCGUCUUCAUCGCCGCUUUCUCCUACACAAACCACUACAACCACGACAUCCGCUUCGACAACCUCUACGUCACCACCUACUUCCGCCAGCUCGAUGCCCGGCGCUGGAAGCAGAAGAAGCGCACAUUGCUGCCCCUGCGCCGGGCCGAGGUCUCCAGCGUGAUCUUCCCGUGCAGGCUGGCCGUGCAGCCGCCCGAACUGAAGAGCCUGAUGCUGGAGCUGCUGGAGUGCAUCCCCCCACUGCUCUUCCUGCUGCUGGCCUGGGGCCUUGACCACGUGCUCUACACCAUGUUCAGCGUUAUCCGGCACCAUUCCUUUGUGCAGUACUCCUUCCGCAGCAGCCACCACCUGGAGGUGCGGGUCGGGGGCCACUCCCUGCUGGCCCGGCUUCUCCGAAGCACCAUUGGCGCCUUGAACACAUCCUCCGAGAUGGCGCUGGAGUCAACUAACCUGGGUGAGGGGGGGAGAUGGACACCCCUCCCCCACAUGGAGAGUGCCCUCCCCCCAGACAUGGGGAUCCUGCGGGUGCAGGCUCCCAUGGCCUGGCCCAUCUCUGCCCAGCUGCUGUCCACGGCCUUGGGCAUUUGGGUGGGGGCGGGGAAUGGGAUGAGGGGAACAUGGAGCCGAGGCCUCACCCUGUCUGUCUGUCUGUCCGACCCCCCCGCAGCCUGCCUACCGCAGCCCCAGGCCAUGACACAGAGCGACUACCUGGCCAGCUGCCUGCCCCUGGGGGCCCUGGUGCUGCUGUGUCUGGGGCAGGUGUAUGCCCACCGUCUGCGUCGUGUCAUUGCUGCCUUCUAUUUCCCCAAGCGGGAGAAGAAGCGGGUUCUCUUCCUGUACAACGAGCUGCUGCACAAGCGCCAGGCCUUUGUCCGGCUGCAGAGGAGACGCAUCGCCCGGCAUGCCCGGCGGCACCAGGCUUUCGAGAAGCCCCUGCUGGAGCGUUUCUACCUCUGGUGCCCACGUCUGCGCCACUGCCUGCGCAGGUACUGUGCACUGUGCGGCUCGCCUGAGAGCCGCACCUCCCAGCAGUGCCCGACGCCCACCUGCGGCACCACGUACUGCCAGGCCUGCUGGAGGGACAUGGGGCAGAUCUGCUUCGCCUGCACCCCCGGCCACAUGCCCCUGUCUGGAGACAGCAGCAGCGAGGAGCAGAUGACGUACGCGGACUGA